AUGGCGGCCCGCUCUGUGUUUAGGGAGACUGUUGGGAGCCGACACCUGUGUCCAGGACAAACCAUCCAGCCCCGCCGAGUGGCCGAAGAGAACAGUGCCCUCUUUGCCUUUUUCCUACACGGGAGCAAACUGGCCCAGCCCAGAGCCCCUUGGGCCCCGAAGUUCCGUGGACCUGGCUCGGAUGUGAGUCUAAAAGAGUGGACGUCGCAGACGAAGUACCUGGCCGACCUACAAGGGCUGACCGAACAGCAGAGGCUACAAUUCCUCCUGGGGUCGUUGGAAGGAGAAGCCAAGCGAGAGUUGCAGGCUGCACCCGAGGAGAAGCGCAGCACGCCCCAGGCUGUGUUGGCUUACCUUAAAGAUCUAUACGGCGACAAGACUCCGGCUGCUGCAUUGAGAGCUCAGUUUUUCAACUGUCGUCAAGGCCCUACGCAGUCCAUCCGCUCCUUUGCCUUGCAGCUGCGGGAACUGUUUGUGCGCCUGAAGAACAGAGACAACCAUGGCCUGGGCGACGAAGAUGCCUUGAUGCGAGAUCAGUUCCUCUUGGGGCUCCGUGAUGGCCCCAUACGCCAGUGCUUGAAGACCCAGCUCCGCCGUGAUGCCAAUCUGACCUAUGAGGCCAUCCGAAAAGAAGCGCUGGCCCUGGAGUUGGACCAACAAGAGACCAACGAACAGCCUGUGAGUGUGGCUGCAAGCAGCGCCAGUGCCCCUGCCCCCCCAUCUACUACCGACUGGAAGCGCGAACUGCAUGCUGAGAUAAUGAAAGAUGUAAAAGAACAGAUGGCAGAACUGUCUAGGACUCUUCUGGAAGACCUGUGUAAAGAGAUCUUUGACGUGCAACAACUACAACAGGCUGAGACAUCCUGGCUGACCCUGCGAGGGGCGAACGGACUGGACAUCCCCUAUACCGGCUACAUAGUGGCUGACUUCCAGGUCCAAGGGGUUGUGGUCCCGGAGAAGGGGGUUGUUGUCGUGAGGAAUCAUUGUCUUGGCAACCAUCGAGCCUUGUUGGGUAUGAAUGUCAUAUCUGGCUGUUGGGAACAGCUGUUUCAGAACCGCAAGGACCAGCCACCUCGACACACCCACAUCCCAGAGGUGAGAGACUGGGAACACAUCCUUGCAGACUGCCACCGCAUCCACACCGCCCGGGCACAGGGGGAGCGUGAAGACACUGCUCGAGUUUCCUGCCGCUAUGCCCUUGCCAUCCCUGCGCAUAGCGAAGCCCUGGUUUGGGCUAAAGUGCCAUCUCGAAAACACGGACAGGACGUUUGGGUGGUAGUGGAGCCACACCUGGAAUGCAAGGAGGUUGAGGUGGCUCGCGCCAUUGCGACAGUCCACCGGGGGCGCGUCCCAGUCAGGGUGAGGAACACCAAACCCUACCCAGUCCACCUGCAUCACCACCAAGGCCUGGCCAGAGUCACCACGGUAACGCCAUCCCAAGUGGUCGAAGGUACCGACGUUUGUUUUACUAGAGUGGGACCUGGGGUUGUAGAAGUGGGUGUUGUCCACACAGAACAGGGGUUGGGGAUGACAGCGGGGAGAAUGCCUGACCAUCUGUGUUGUGAGUCUUUGCAGGGUGAAAACCUGGAUGGGAACCAGCAGCAACAACUCCAACAGCUUCUGGAUAGGUGGCAGCACGUGUUCUCCACCCAUGACGAAGACUACGGCUGUACAGAUGUGGUGAAACACCAGAUCCCCACGGGUGAUGUGGCUCCCAGCCGUGAGCGUUAUCGGCCUGUGCCCCCCACCCUCUACCAGGAGGUCCGGUCGUUGCUGAGAGGUAUGUUGGAAGGGGGAAUUAUCCGGGAGAGCAGCAGCCCGUGGGCUGCCCCUAUUGUACUGGUCCAAAAGAAGACGGGCGCCUGGAGGUUCUGUGUUGACUACCGCAAACUGAACAGUAUGACCAAGAAAGAUGCUUUCCCCCUGCCCCGCAUCGAAGACUCUCUCACCAGUUUGUCUCAGGCAGCGUGGUACUCCACUUUGGACCUGGCCAGCGGCUACUGGCAGGUGCAAGUAGAAGAGCGAGACAGAGAAAAGACCGCGUUCACCACACCCUUUGGGCUUUUUGAGUGGGACAGGAUGCCCUUUGGCCUCUGCAAUGCCCCGGCCACCUUCCAGCGGCUGAUGCAGAGAUGCCUCGGGGGUCAGCUGGUCGAGUCCACUCUAGUGUACCUUGAUGAUGUCAUCGUCUUCUCCCCCGAUUUCCCCACCCACUUGAGACAUCUGGAGGAAGUAUUUCGAGCUAUGGAGCGGUAUGGCUUGAAACUACGGCCAGAGAAGUGCCAGCUAUUCCGACAAGAGGUCAAGUUCCUGGGCCACUGCGUCAGCUACCAAGGCGUCGCCCCUGAUCCAGAAAAGGUAUCCGCGGUGCAAGAAUGGCAACCUCCUAAAACCGUCAAACAGGUACGGUCCUUUUUGGGUUUUGUGGGGUACUACAGGCGCUUCAUAAAAGACUUCUCCAAGAUAGCCAAACCCCUGAAUGAGCUUCUGGUCGGCACCGGACGUCCUCGUGGUAGGGGUUCUCCCACCGUUACCUGGGGCCCGGAGUGCGACGCUGCCUUCCAAAAGCUGAAAGCUGAGCUGCUGCAGGCUCCCAUCUUGGCUUAUGCCGACUUCUCCCAGCCUUUUACCCUUUACACUGAUGCCAGCAAUGCUGGGCUGGGUGCGGUACUGGCGCAACAGCAAGGGGGAGUGGAGAGGGUUAUUGCGUAUGCGAGUCGAAGCCUCCAUCCCGCGGAACGCAACGACUCCAAUUAUAGCUCUUUCAAGAUCGAACUCCUAGCCCUAAAGUGGGCCUUGAGUGAGAAAUUCAAAGACUAUCUGUGGGGUGCCAAGGUGAUGGUGGUGACAGACAACAACCCCCUGGUCCAUCUCCACACGGCCAAGCUGGGGGCGGUAGAGCAGCGCUGGGUAGCCCAACUUGCCAACUAUGACUAUCAGAUACGGUACCGACCCGGUAGAGAACAUACUAAUGCCGAUGUCCUUUCCAGGCUUCCUGUUGCAGAGAAGGUGCCUCCAGCCGUGACUCCAUCCACACAGCCAGAGGAAGGACUGCUGGUAGCAGUCAUCGAGGCCCCAGGGACAGAUGAAGGUGCGGUGCCGGUGGGCUGGGGCUGGAACCCAAGACAGUGGGCAGAGUUGCAGGCGGAGGACCCAGAUCUGCGGGUGGUCCAUGCGUACCUGGAGCGUGGGGCGUUGCCUCCAGCAGAAGAGAGGAGGGCACAAACGCAGACCGUGAGGCAGAUAUUGAGCCAUUGGGGUAAGCUGAGUCUACAGGAAGGGGUACUCUGCAGAGCAAUACAAGACAAUGCAACCCAUGAGGUUAUGUUGCAGGUGGUUGUACCACAGCCACAGAUCCAGGCUCUUCUGAAGGCCUACCAUACUGACAUGGGCCAUCAGGGCCAGGAGAGGACGCUAUCCCUGAUCCGAAGGAACUUCUAUUGGCUGCGGAUGGAAGAAUCUGUGAGUACAUUCAUCCAGAGCUGCCCCCGUUGUACGUUGCAUAAGAAGAGACCAGAUGCCCGAGCCCCCUUAGUCCCCAUAGUGCCUAAAGCCCCCCUCCACAUCCUUGCUGCCGACUUUCUGACGCUGAGCCGUCCAACUGACCGGUACCAGAACAUCUUGGUUGCCACUGAUCUGUUCACCAAGUACGCUUGGGCCAUCCCCACCUCCGACCAAACUGCCAUCACCACUGCCAGGGCACUGUGGAGUAAUGUGAUCCAGCCUUUCGGGUGCCCGGAGACCCUCCAUUCAGACCAGGGCCCGAAUUUUGAAGCCAAGGUUGUGCAAGAACUGUGCCAGCUGUAUGGCUGUCGGAAGACACGAACGACCCCAUACCACCCCCAGGGUAACGGGGGAUGCGAGCGCUUCAACCAGACCCUGCUGGGUCUACUAGGGACUCUGGAAAAAGAACAACAAGAUCGGUGGGUAGAAUACCUCCCCUCACUGCUCCAAGCCUAUAACAAUAGUGUGCACAGUACUACCGGCUAUGCCCCGUCGUAUCUGAUGUUUGGGAGGCAUGUCCGCUUGCCCACUGAUAUGCUCCUAGGAGUAGCACAGCCAGAGGGGGCUCAGAGUACUACAGACUGGGUGGGUCGGCACCACCAACGCCUCCGCUAUGCCUACGAGAAAGUCACUGAACACUUGGGUGCUGCCGCUGCAAAGAACAAGCGACUGUACGACCGCACAGCCCAAGAUGCCCCUCUAUUACCCGGUGAGCGGGUGCUUGUCCGAGAACACCAGCGUCGAGGACGAGGUAAAUUAAGUGACCGGUGGGAAUCUGGACCCUAUGUGGUGGUUGGCUGCCCCCGACCAAACGUGCCGGUUUACACCGUGAGACCCGAAGGAAGGUCUGGUCCCGACAGGGUACUUCACCGCAACCUACUUCGGCCUUGCCCCAACUACCCAAUGGUAGACAGCCCGACCCCUGAGGGGCCCGAGGCAUCUGAAGCACUCCAGGGACCCCUGCUGGGAUGGACCCUAGCCCCUGGGGCUCCAACGCCUGUGGUGGAAGAAAGUCCCCCGCCGCAGCACAGACGCUCUCAGAGGGACACCCAAGGAAGACCACCAGUGAGGUAUGGCAACUGGGUGUCACGGGACUAUGCUGUGUUUAGGGAGACUGUUGGGAGCCGACACCUGUGUCCAGGACAAACCAUCCAGCCCCGCCGAGUGGCCGAAGAGAACAGUGCCCUCUUUGCCUUUUUCCUACACGGGAGCAAACUGGCCCAGCCCAGUAUUUGA